AUGGGCGAGUAUGUACUUCAGAGAGAUCAACAGUGGGUUCAUCGCCGGGGCCUUUGCCAUUCGGAAGGAAGGGUUCGAGAAGAAGCGGCACACUGCGACAGCGGCGGACUUGGGAAGAAAGGGUUCGAGGAGAAGCGGCACAUCGCGACAACGGUGAACUUGGGAAGAGGAGUGCCAGACUUGGCAACAGGAGCGUACUUCAGGACUUGGCGACAGCACAAAAUCCCAAACCUCCCCUAA